AUGGACACUUUGUCGAUAACUGGCUUUGCACUUCUCAUCAUGGAAACCCUCGUUGGAAUGGUAGCAAAUGGGUUUAUUGUUCUCAUCGGCUGCAUUGAUUGGUUCAGAAGUAAGAAACUCUCCCCGACUGACCUGAUCCUGACCUGCCUUGGCUUGGCCAGACUUGCAUGGCUGGCAGUAGUGAUUCUGGAUGUGACUACGUUUUCCUUUUUUCUGCACACUUAUGUAUUGAAUCAUGUCUAUUUAAUGAUCACCAUGGUGUGGUUCUUUAUAUACAAUGUCAACAUUACAUUUGCCACCUGGCUCAGCAUUUUUUACUUUGUAAAGAUUACCACAUUCUCCCACCCUCUUUUCCUCCAUGCGAAGCAAAGAUUCCCUGCGCUGGUCCCAUGGCUGCUUCUGGGCUCAGUGGCCUUCUCUGCUUUUAUGGCUAUGACUAUUCUCGCAGUAUCAAGCAGUAGCUUAAUCACUUGCGAUUUCUCCAAAUUAUUUUUAAACAAUAGUUAUGGUUCAGACGCUGAAGUGCUUCACAAGUGUUGGCGGCUUUUCAUUGCAGUUACUGUUCCAAACGUCAUCCCAUCUGUGUUAUUUUUGUCAUUCACUGUCUUGUUGAUAGUAUCUCUUUGGAAGCACAUAAGACAUUUGCAACACGAUGGAAUCAGCACCAUGGAUCUCAACACCAAUGUUCAUUUACGUGCCAUCAAAGCUCUGGUUUCAUUUGCUGUAUUGUACCUCUCCAGUUUUGUAGGUAUCAGUACAGAGGCAAUACUGUUUUUUGGAAACACUGAUGGCUCCUGGACAUCUGCGAUAUUUCAAACGAUAAUUGCUCUGUAUCCCUCUGGGCAUGCUGUUAUCCUGAUAGUAAUUAAUCCCAGACUGAAACAGGCAUGGGUCAAGAUGAUACAUCACUUAAAAUGUGGUGUGAAUGAAGCACCAUCUUGA